AUGCAGUGGACCCCCGAGCACAGCCAGUGGGCCGAACAGCAUUUCGACAUCUCCUCCACCACGCGCUCGCCAGCCCACAAGGCCGAGGCCUACAGGGCGGUACCUGGCCACCUGCAGCGAUCCGCCGCCUACCAGUACGCCUGGGCCAAUGAUGACAUCUCGGCCCUCACCGCCUCCAACCUGCUCAAGAAGUAUGCCGAGAAGUAUUCAGGUAUUCUCGAGAUGCCGGGGUCUUACUCUGAGGGGCCUGGUGUACCCGGAGUGAUGAAUGGACGGAAAGGUGAAUCAGAACCGUGGCAGGAUGGCGUCUACCCCAUGAGCUGCAUCCCUGAGGGGGUUUCCGUCAGAAAAGGGGGGGUGGCGGCAGCUUCAGAUGUGGUGUCGGGCAUGUGCAGCUCUCCGGGCCUGGCCUCCAGCACCCUGAGUGAACCUAGCUACUCCAGCAGCAGCUGUGGGAGCCACACCGCCACCGCACUCCACUCCUCCUCCAUGGCCUCUCAGGAAUACGGCCCCGCAUACAGUGGCUCCUACCUUCACAGUAGUUACAGCUCCCAGUCUGCCCCCGCCCCAGCACUUCCCUCCCCACUGCACAGCUCUGGGCUCCUGCAGCCACCCCCUCCGCCGCCCUCCCACCCCACUUUAGUCCCAGCUUACAAUGGAGGCUCCCCUAACUUGUCUAGUUAUAAUUACCCCCCAGCAGGCUACCCAGCUCAGAGCUCAGUAGGGCCAGGAUACAGCCCUGGGGGAGCACCCCCACCUUCCUCAUACCUCCCAUCAGGCAUUGCUGCACCUACACCUCUUCCCCCUCCAUCUACUUUACCUGGAUACCCAUACCAGAGCCACAACCUGACCCCAAUUGCCCCCACUCCUCUGAACAGUAGCUCCUCUAAUUCACUGAAGAGGAAAGCCUUCUACAUGACAGGCCAGGGAGAGAUUGACUCUUACGGUAACUUUGGCUAUGGCCAGGCUCGGAGCUCGUCUGAGAGCCCCAUGUACAGGAUAGCAGACAGCAGCAGUGCAAACGGAGGCUCCAACAGCGCCAGUGGGGGUGGAUUUGACAGAAGCGUUGAAAAGACAUCUUUACCUUUUAAUCCUCAGAAGCAGUCCACAAUGUCUUCAGAGCAGCAGAGGAAGUACGGCAGUCAGGCGACAGGGGGCCCAAUGACUCCACCAGCAUACGUUUCCUCCACCCUGGGGGGUUCUCGGUCAGCAGAUUCCCUUGUCAACUUCACCUCCCCCUCUCUUAGUGAGCAAGGUGCUGAUGACCACCGCCUUCACCUCUCCCACUCAGCGCCAGGGCCUACCUCCUCCUCAUCCAAUUCCUCCUCCAGACCUGCUGAAGAGCAGCUGAAAACCAGUGACCCUCACCUUCUUGACAUGGUUACCUCUGAAAUCGUUCAGCAAGGCCCCCCAGUGGAUUGGAGUGACAUCGCAGGACUAGAACUGGCCAAGGCAACCCUUAAAGAGGAGGUCCUGUGGCCUAUUCUCCGCCCAGACAUGUUCAGCAGCUUAGGACCGGCCCCACGAUGCGUGUUGCUGUUUGGGCCCAGGGGCAGUGGCAGGACGUUGCUGGGACGCUGCCUGGCAAGCCAGCUGGGAGCACCAUUCCUCCAGCUAAGCGGUUCCACGUUGGCCACCAAGUGGCUGGCAGAUGGAGAAAAAAUAAUCAGAGCGUCCUUCCUGGCGCGAUGCAGGCAGCCCUCAGUACUGUUCAUCAGUGAGGUGGACAUGCUGCUCUCAGCCCACCUCAGUGAAGAGAGUCCCAUCAACCACCUAAAAGGGGAGCUACUUUCCCAGUUGGACUCACUUCUCAUGGGCUCAGGCGAAGAUUUAAGCAACCAAGUGUUGGUGGUUUGUUCCACGAGCAGACCUCAAGACAUGGACGAAGGACUGCGCAGGUACUUUGCUCGUAGGGUCCUUGUGCCCCUGCCGGACAGCACAGCCCGGCACCAUAUCGUGAACCAGCUGCUGGCUCAAUCUCAGCACAAAUACUGCUUAAGCGAGGAGGAGCUGGCACUGCUGGUCCAGCGUACUGAGGGUUUCUCUGGACUGGACUUGGCCAGAUUCUGCCAGGAGGCCCUCGUUGGUCUGUUACAUGCCUCUGCACAGGGCAUGGACAUGACGGGUAUGAUGCCCCGGGGACAGGUCAGGCCACUCACCUACCAGGACUUUGAGAGUGUCUUUUGUAAAUUCCAAGCCAGUAUAUCGCAGAAAGAGAUUGACACGUACACUGAGUGGAACAAAAUGUUCGGCUGCAGCCAGUGAAAAGAUAGAUUCCGCCCUUGAGAAAAAGAGGCAUCCACAUUUUCUCCCCUCAGGGCAGAAGCAUUGUGCUGGAGGGAAAGGCACACAGAAGGCCAACACAAGCCCACAGAGUUCUCACAAGCAGGGUUUAGAUGCACCCAGAGACCUGGUUUUGAAGAGACAACAGGCGGUUUUGCAGUUAAUGAGCAAGAGUUUUAAUUUGAAUGCUUGACACUCCAGAAAAGCCAGGCGUUGUUUACACAUUGCAAGCAAGUUGGCUUCAGAAGAGACGCCCCAGUGUCUGUGUAUAUAUCUUUAUGUCCUUGUUCUUGAGAUUUAGUUGGCUAUCCAAGUGCCUGAAGUGGUGCUUUCUGAGUUUCUUUCUUUGUUUAUUUGCCUCACAAUCUACAUUCAUGGCAUGAGCUGACGAUUAUAAAGAGCUUUAAAACUUCAACGGUGAGUGUGAAAAACAGAGAUUGACAGAGGCCAUUGGUGAUGGUCAAUCAGUCUUUAUUGUCUUGCUAAGAGCAGUAAUCCAUCAGGGUGGCAGUAGUCUGGGCCCUGACUCACUCUCAUCUCUUCUGAUCCUGUCUGCAAAGCAAACAAACGUAACAAACAAAACUCAGGAAAGCGUUUGUGAAUUGUAUAGUACCUCAAGAUACCUUGACGAAAAGCACUAAGAUCUGAGGGGAGAAUCUGAGGGGGUUUGGCAGUUUAGUAAAGCAGUGUUAAGUGUACCUCAACUGGCUAGGAUAAAUAGCAAAGAGGUGACAAUGAAUGUAACAGAUAUGUUCUAAAAUGGUGGAACAUAAUCCAUAGUGAGAGUAAAAUACAUUAUUUCUUUUCUUUUUCCUCAUGGCAGGUGCUUUAGCUACCUGUGUCUACUUGACCAAUCCUAAAACUGAAGUCCAUAACUCAUGAAAUGUCAAACCAUGUUGCCCAGCUUUGUUGUUUGGGGCUUUUCAGAGAUGGACAGGUGUUGGUUUGGUGGGAGUUGUAUAUUUAUCAAAACAACAUUAAUCAACAUUGUUUAUAUUGUGUGUCCUUUUAUACCCAGGCUGCACGAAGGCUCCAUCAGUUUGUCAGAUAACUUCUGCGCAAAAUAUCGACCCAUUUGUUUACCACCCUGGUUAGUGGGGGAAAUGUAUCCUCUGAGAUAGAUGCACUAAAAACCCCUCCCAAAAAAUUAAUUUCAAAAAAUUAACAAGUUAAAUAUGAACCUCACUGGCUUAUAGCUAGUGCCAAGAAAGGUUGUGGGAAAUAUGCUAAUUUUCUGUCUUUUCAAGAGUCAAAUGUGAAGCUUACUGGCUAAUGCUAGUGCUAGGAAAUUGUUCCGUGUUGUGGAAAAUAUGCUAGUUGUCUGUCAUGCCAAGAGUUAAAUGUAACGCUUGCAAGCUACAGUUAUGCUACCAGCCAGUUAACCUAGUUUAGCAUAGUAAGUGUAAAGGGGGAAAUGGCAAGGUAACUGGUUACAAAACCCAUCCAAUUUGCUGCUUAGCUAACAGCUUCUGGCUUAAGACUUAUAGAACAGACAUGUAUGAUUGACGUCUAACUACUCAUCUAAUUGUUCAAAUAUUUACUAAAUGCAUUUUUAGCUAGCUCUCAAAAAUAGCAGAAUAAGCUUUGACAGUAGACGAUGAGCUUAACUUAAACAAGCUGACAUGGCUUACAACAUAACUUUGUACUGAGCGGGGGUACAUGGUGUGAUGCUAAGCUAACAGGCAUAUUCAACAGGAAUGUGGGGGGGAUAGCAAUCUUCUUAUUUUACUCUGUAAUGACAGUAAACAAAGCAUAUUACCCAAAGUAACUGGACAUUGGAAUCACAGAGAGAUACACAAAGACAUUUACUUCAUGUGUCGGUCUUAGAUUUACAAGACUUAAUUUCAUUACGUCUUGUUUACUGCAGUUGGUUUCAGUCAAAAAUAGCUGUAAUGGGUAUCACAACUGGGAUACAGAAGUGUGGAUUGUGCAAAGUUGCCCUGUCACUCAAAGUGUUACCUGUAUUUGAACUGGAUCAGCUGUAGAAUGGGAUUCAACUGCUGUCAUUUUUAUUAGACUGAGUCACUGGUCCCCUACAUCUAACAUAUCUAUAUUUAUUACACAAGUGGAAAAUCAGGAGUAAAUUGAUGUUUUGCUGGAGACCAUAGGUCAUUUGAUAAUAGUGAUUCUAAUUGAUUGACAUCUCUAAGUAUUGGCAUUACUGCUGUCCAACCAGUACUCAGCUAAACUGUAAAGUUGUAUUUUAUUUGUGUUCAAACAAGAAUGCCCCAAACUAACUAAUCCAAUUCAAACCCAUGUCAGUAUUCUUUUUGUAUGCGACUCUUUUUUCAGUUUGUUUUCUCUCUAUUUACACAGAUGGCACAAAAUAUGCAUUCAAAAUGCAUCUGAACGCAUCAUUGACUGAAAAGCUUUGAAACACGAGUAAGGAAUUUUGGCAUUAGUCUUAAAAGUCCUUCAUCCCUGAAGGCUACCCUUCGCCCAUUGUAUUGCUUUGGAAUGUAUUUUUGUCUCUUCCUUGCCGUCCUUUAGCACUGCUGUGGUGACAUGGGAAUACUUAAGAUAGUUUAAUGUACGUGCACUAAAAACAUUUUGUGUGUAACUUCUGUUUUCUGGCUGCGCUUGAUUUGUUUCGUCUGGUAUUUCUUCCUCAAAGAGAUUUAAUUUGCCAGUGUAAGAUUUUCAUUGCACAUCCUGUUGUAUUUUAUUUUUUAUCAUUGUAGAAUAAGGAGCCACAUAUUGUACUUUCAGGCCCACUCUGUGUUGCUAUCUCUGGUCUGAGCACCGUCAGUGCAGCACC